AUGUCGUCUAGUUAUGCAGUCCUCGCUCUCUUAAGUUUGGCGGGUUUUGGCGCGCAACAUCCAACAUGUGCCGAGGCCUUUUCGGUAGGCGCUCCACAAAGUAUCUGCAAAUCUCCGACGGAAUGCCGGCGUUACAGCGCCCGAACCUUGGUAUUGCCACUCCUCGAUAAUCGCCAUACACAGAGCGCCCUUUCUAUCUUGUCCGCGAAAUCACAGCAGUUGGUCGACGAACGGUGGUAUCCCCAAUCGGUCCGAGACGACGAUAGGCCUGACGAUGACAAUGACGAAAACGACCGAAUUGCCCAGCUAGAAGCCGACUCGGUAGAGCUUGCGGCAACACUGAUACGGAAUCGAUUGGAAGGACAAACACACGAUAGGAACCUGGCAUCCAAAACGGUUCAGAGUGCCGUCCGGGGUCGUUUCAUUGACUUGGCCUGCUCUUUGCAGGGAGAGCAAGCUUUGGAAAACUUGUUCGGCAACCCAACGGUGAAUGACUUCGACUUGGACGUGGUUCGCGGUACAGUCAUGACUCUUCAAAGUUUGAUCAUUAUGGCGACGCAAACAGGUGUGAAAGGUGAUCCGAUGCAGUUGCAACGCAUGGUCUCGCACCUGGAUGCUCGUGCGGAUCCGACCAUUUUGGAGCGCGAUCUUUACACUUGGGAUCGGGACAGUGUGCGACGCUUAAAAUAUAGGCUGAAUCGUAUUCCAGCUGUACAGCUUCUAGCAGCAUUGCAAUGGAAACGAUCCAAUCAAGGAGCAUUUGAUUUGCUGGUACAGUUGGGAGCUUGGGAUUUCCACGAAGAUUUAGCGCUGAUUCGUAGUGGCUUUCCUUUGCGCUUUCACGAAGCGGAGAUGGAGGCGGCAGCUAGGGCUGCCGAAGUCCAACGCGACCCCGAUUCUUUGUUAGGGAUCCGUCGAGACUUACGAGACCUGAAGGUGUACACGAUUGAUGGCGAAUCGACAACCGAAAUCGACGAUGGCCUUUCCAUAGAAAUCAUACGGCAGCCGGACGGUACGGAACGACAGGCUAUAUGGAUUCACAUUGCGGAUGCGGAUCGCUGGGCGCCGCGGAAUUCAACCCUUUUUCACGCUGCCCGCACGCGUUACACGUCGUUGUACCUACCACGCGGUUCGUGUCCCAUGUUCCCUCCGCAAGUCAGCGACAACGUCAUGUCGCUGAUUGCUGGGCAAGAUGCAUGCGCUUUGUCGUUACGUGUAAUGUUAAACGAAGAUGGAUCAAUCGACGCCUCGACACUAAUAGUGACGCCGUCUUUGAUCCACGUUGACUAUCGUUUAACCUACAACGACGUGGAUGAGAUGCUCGCCGAGGGAAUCGGCUAUCGCGAAGAGUGGGAACUGGGGGCAUUGCUCGGAAUCGCCAACGCACGUAGAGAUUGUCGUAUCCGAAACGGAUCUUCGGAGGGAUGGAUACCUAAUCCCAUUCCAUAUGCAACUAUUUCAACCAAAAAUGACGUCGGAGCAACGGAUGGCGUUGCUAUUGAAUUGGAAAUUCAAGUUUCUCACAACGCGGGGAAGAAUUAUUCAGCCGAAGACGCCUUGGAUGAAUCCAAAUCUCCAAUAAAUGUAUUACCAGUAUCGGCAGCAUAUUUAAUGGUAACCGAAGCAAUGAUUCUUGCCGGAGAGUCUUUGGGGCGAUGGCAAAGUCGGUUGGAAGAGGAAGAAAAGUCGAUCAACGGGUCGCAUGGUGCCUUCCAAAAUUACCUAAGGUUGCCCUUUCGCACGCAACCUAAACCAGAUUGGGCAUCUCGCGCGCGAGAAAAGAAAAUCAUGAUGGAUCUUCUUGAGUACAAUAUUGGUAAUGGUCUGUGCCACGCUUGGUACGCGAGACGUUUUCUGCAGUCUGUCCGAGUUACCGAAACGCGGUUACCCCAUUUUGGUCUGGGUUUGGAUUCCUAUAUCCAAUGGACUAGUCCAAUUCGUCGUUUCUCAGAUCUGCAGGCUCAUUCAGCAGUCAAACGCUUUCUUCGACGGAAACGAGUUCAUCAGCUACUGCAUCAAGGAUCUCCUAUCCCAGAGGGAAUCCAAUCGUCAGAUCUUGGAUGGCCGGGAGAUGCAUUGGAAGACAAAGAAAACUUGAUCAAUCUUUCGAGAGAUGAUGUUGAUCAGGAUAUCAACUUUUUGGAAAGUGUUGGUUUGAUGGGAGCUGCUAAAGUGGUGCAACGACAAUCUCAGCAGUUUUGGCUCUUCGAACACAUCCGUAGGCUUCACGAAGUUGACCCUGAUAUUAAAUUCAAUGCCGUCGUUCUAGGAUGUAUCGAUCCCGAGAAGCGGCAAUUUGCGAUAUACGUUCACGAAUUGGGCCUAGAGCAUCGAUAUACGGCUCCGGGUCAAGGUCGUCUGAACCAAGGAACAGAGAUGAUUCUAAAGGUUGAUAGUGUCAGUCCAAGAUACGGGCUCUUGUCGUUUGUCUGGCAGGUUUGA